AUGCUGACGCUCCGGAGCCGCAUGUUAGGCGUCUGUCAGCGCGGACCCGCGCUGGCGUCGCUCCACCUCCACGCACGGCACGUGUCGCAGCGUGGGAAUGUGGGCGAGGCACGGCGGAGCCCGCCGACAGACGCCGUGAGGAACGCAGACGCGGCGAGUGCCCCCUCCCGCACCUCUGAGACGGCGGGCAUCAAUGGGCUUUACGGCAAUCGGGCGCAGAACGCCAUUCGCGGCAUGCUGGGGCCACAGGGCCAGGCGGAUGCACGUGAGUCCAGAGCCGUCCCCAUCUUGGGCAGAGCCACCGUGGGUGGGACGAAGUACACGUGCGACCGAUCCACGGUCUUUGAAAACUGGCGACACGUUUGCCCGGCGCCGGUGGGGUGGCACCUGUCGAAGCUGGGGAGUGCCACCUGCAAGAUGCCAAACGACAUCAAUGAAGCCGUUGAGUCCCUGCAGCUUCAAAUCAUUAAGGGGUGCAACGUCUUCGAGCUCGAUGGAAGCAUGUCGGACGUGCACCAGAGUGUUGCCCGCGCCUUUUAUGAGGCGCUGCAGGCCUUUGAGUUGGAGCGGGACGGGUUUGUCGUGGUCUUCCGCUGCGGCAUCAUUAAGCAGCAGCCGUUUCAGGAGGAGGUGACGCAGGUGGAGACCUCCAAUUCGGCGGUGGUGCGUAACCGCAUCGUCCCCAUUUUUGAGCGCUACAAGGCUGCCUCGCUUCCAUCGAUGCAGCUCAAGUCGGGUUUUCGCAUCAGCGACUUAAGCGAGGAUCAGUUGGCACGCCUGAACCUCCGCCGCGUGUCGAAAACGUCUGCGGCGGGACUCUCACCGGAUUGGCUCGAGGCCUUUUUUACGAAUGUCGCGUACAACACAAAGUUGGAGUGCAUCGAUGUCCUGUUGCUGGACGGGUUUCACACGCUCUUUGACGGCCGCCCGGAGGCGCACGUCGACGAGGACAUUCUACAACUCUUUGCGUACCUGGAGAAGCAGGUGGGGCUCGGCGUGCUGCAGUACUACGGCAUCUCCUCCCCCUACCUCGCGCCGCACGUUCACCGCGACUACCCGCCCCUCCCACCGGACGCGAUGGUGCCGGACCACAUCCGCCACCGACGACCGCUGCCGCCGGUGAUUAACUUGUACCGCAUCCUGCAGCUUGCCCGGCGCGCGGGUGGGGAAAGCCACCACCUCCGCUUCGUGCAGUACCCCUUCAACCUGACCUUUUCACAGGCACUUAAUAAGCCGCUGCCGUACGAUGGCAACCACACUCUCUACUCACUCACACGGGCGCUGGGGCUCACGGCGCUGGGGUACAGCCCGUUAGAGGCGACCGACCUGAUGGAGCUCCCGCAACGCUACCACAAUUUCCCCAUGGAGGCUGACCUGAAGUCGCUGCGCAUGAACUUUUUUACGGUCUGCGAGCGUUGCGUUUUGAAGGAGAUGGAGGUGAAGGAGUCGAUUGAGAAGGGUCCCGCGACGCUGCCUCCGCUGGAGCACCUGUUUGUCGCCAGCGUGUACCUGGCGGCGCAGCGGCAGUUCACCAACUUGUUCUUCUUCACUAGCUGGGCGACGUACUACAUGAUCCCCCGCUUCCGGCGGGCCCUAAUGCGUUUCAAGGAGGCCUCCUCCGCCGACCUGAAGGAGUGGUGCAAGCAGUACGAGCAGCUGGUGAACGACAUGCUUCGGCUGCGAAAACGCAUGUUUGAGCACAAGUUUGGCAAGUACGCGCUGGAAAAGAACAACGCGAUUGACCGCGUCAGCCCAACGUUGGCGCGGUGCCCCAUGUUAAAUCAGAAGGCGCUAAAUUUUGCCUCCUACGGCUGCGACACCGUUCUGGCAGGAUUUCACGUCGCCCGCUACUUUCACGAGGCGACGGAGUUAAAUCCCGCCAAAAACGGCGAACUCACUGUGCCGGAGGACGAAAUCAUGGCCCUCUGCGACUCACCCGAGGUGUCGUUUGCCAACUGCUCCCCGCCGGACCCAUACAUGCUGGAGCCCAUCCUUACAGAGGGGAAGCUGUCCAAGCAGAAGAGCAAGUCGCUGGAGUACAUGGUGAAGAUCGACCCACACAACCCGAAGUUUCCAGACAUCCCUGAGGAAGUGGAGGAGGGGGACACAGUGAAACAAAAUACAUGA